AUGGGGUUGAGACGCACGGUAGAUGACGACGAUGACGGCCAGUACGAACUGGUCAACGACAGAAAGAACAACGCGAGGACGGGAGCUGGAGCUGACGUGGUUGCGGCACGUCUGGCAGCCUGGACCUGCGGAGAUGGACGAAUACGAUGGCCAAUAGCGGCCAAGGAGACGAAAGACAGCAGAGUGGAGCCCGGCGAGCAGUCGCUGGCGUGCGUCGUAGAAGCAGCUGACAACCGCAGCCACGAGGAUUCGCAGAUCCACACGGACCUGAAGGGCUCUCACUUUCGAAUCGGGCGGUGCAAGACGCAACUGAAGCGAACGAACUGGGACGGCGAGCCUCGACACAGAACGAACGACAGCAUCGGUGGACGCAUCGAGGCUGGUAAACGCGCGGACAAGUGGACGGCGGUCACGGACAGAGUGUGCGUGGUGGUUGCAACGGCGAAGUGA